AUGGAUAAGUGUUUAGCAAAGAGAAAAGCAAUUAUGGUUUUGUCGGAGGAGACUAUUGUUGAUAGUUCUAAACAAAGUCGUAUGGAAAUCAACUUAGCUGAUCUUCCUACAGACCCUGGAUUGCGGCUUAGGAUUUGGGAUUACAACCCUAAUAUUCGAGAUGAAGUUCGAAGAGCUUAUCUGUUAAAAGGGCCGUGCCAACCACGUAACCAUGAAUUUCCUUAUACUAACUUUGGGACCAAACCACGAAGAUUUAACCCUGCUUGGUUUGAUGAAUUUUCUACUUGGUUGGAGUAUAGUGUGAAUCAAAAUGCAGCAUAUUGCUUAUGUUGCUAUCUUUUUAAACCAAAUAUAGGAGCACAAGCAGGUGGUGACUCGUUUGUUGGCUUAGGAUUUAAAAAUUGGUCGAAGAAAGAGAAGUUAAGGAUUCAUAUUGGAGGCGUUAAUAGCGCUCACAACCAGGCUUGGUCGAAGUGCGCAAUUUUGUUGAACGAACAACAACACAUUGAAGCUCUUACGAUCAAGCAGCCAGAACAAAGUAAUAUAGACUAUAAGAUACAUUUGAAUGCAUCGAUUGAUUGUGUUCGGUUUCUUUUAAGGCAACGUCUUGCAUUCAGAGGCCAUGAUGAAUCUGAAACUUCAAACAACAGGGGGAACUUUAUAGAGCUAUUGCAGUUUCUUGCUGAUCAUGAUAAAAGCAUCGAAACUGUUACUUUCAAGAAUGUUGCUGAGAAUCUCAAGUUAACUUCAUCAGAUUUUCAAAAGGCCAUUCUUAAUGCAGUUGCGACCGAAACAAUGGAGCUCAUUCUAAGUGAUAUUGGUGAUGAUUUUUUCUCGGUCCAUGUCGAUGAAUGUUAUGAUGUUUCAGUUAAAAAACAAAUGAGUGUUGUGGUGCGUUAUGUGGACACAAGAGGACAUAUAAUCGAGCGCUUUCUAGGUAUUGAGCAUGUCCCAAAUGCUACAUCUAUCCCACUUAAGACGGCACUUGAUGAUUUGUUUUCACGACAUGGAUUGAGCAUCUCUAAUUUGCGUGGGCAAAGCUAUGAUGGGGCUAGUAACAUGCAAGGUGAACUUGGUGGUCUCAAAAAACUAAUUUUGGAUGAAAAUAGAAGUGCGUAUUAUGUUCACUGUUUUGCUCAUCAACUUCAACUUACUCUUGUUCUUGCAAACGCCAUCACCGUCUUCGAGAAAAACAAGCUGCCAAAGUUAUCGAUGAACUUAAUUUAG